AAUAACUUAAUGUAUAGGGCAUCAAAAUUUUGCUAUUUACUCCGAGCAAUACUAACAAAUCGAAUCGCUUCCUCGAAUCUGUAUUUAUUCGGUCCCAACCCCCUCUUCAUGGUGUAUUUAAUAGUGAAACGUAACCGUAUUGUUCAUUAUUAUAUUUUAUGAUUGUACCCUGCGGCGCACUUCGAACAAUAAAACAGAGAAGAUUUCACGCGCACAGAAGAUAUUUUUGGACAUUUGAGGCAGAGAUUAUGGUGUUGGGGUGGUGCUGGGGUCAACCGGAAACUGAACCAGAGCCUCCGCCUAAAACAGAGACCCGUGGAACAGAGCCUCAAGCGUCCCAGCCACCAGCAUUGGACCCAGCAGGGGACCCACCACCUCCAGUGGGGCCCAUAAUCAGACCAAUUAUCCAUACUGUACCGUCCAUGAUCAGUGAAAUUACCGCGGGCGAAGACAAUACGGGGCAGUGUCUGGCCACGGUAGUUAGCAAUAUCGGGACCUUUUGCUUCGGCAUCGCCAUUGGCUGGUCGGCCCCGGCUGAGGCGCUGGUUAUGCACCACAACGCUUACAGCUUCACGCCCUCGAAGCAGGAGUGGACGUGGGUGUGUGCGCUGCUGACUAUCGGAGCGGCAACCUGGAGCAUUCCGAUGGGACUGCUGAUGAAGACUCACGGCUGCAAGUGGGUCAUGAUGCUGCAGCUGGUGCCCAUUGGGCUGGGCUGGAGCAUGCUGAUCUUCGCCAACAGUGUUUACAUGCUCUACGUGGGACGCUUCAUGCAGGGAAUGUGCGGCGCGCUCUGCGUAGUGGUGCCCACCUACACCGUCGAGAUUAGCCACAUCCGUCAUCGUGGGGCGCUGGUCUCCGUCUUCCAUGGGGCCUUCAUGCUGGGCGUGAUGUACAGCUAUGCCAUAGGCACAUUCCUGGAUCUGUGGAUCAUCAACAUCUCCAAUCUGGUGCUGCUCCUCCUCUGCCUGCUGCAGCUACUGAUCCCCGAGUCGCCCGCCUACUACUGGGCGCGCGGUAAAUUCUCCGCGGCCGAUGAGUCCUUGCGCUGGCUGCGGGGCAAGAAGUACGACACCAGCAGGGAGAUGCGGCAGCUGAUGCUCGAGGGAACGAGAAGCGAUAUGGCGAUCCAUCAAAACAUUAUGCUCGGAUUCAAGCGCAAAAAGACGAGGCGCAGCCUGUGCCGGGCCUCGGCGCUGACCAUCAUGCAGACACUGAGCGGCUCCACAGUGCUGAUCUUCUACUCGAUCCACAUCCUGCUCAGCAUGCACUUGAACUACGAGUGCUCUGCUGCCCUAGCUGUGGCCGAGAUAUUCGGCUUUCUAGUCUGCUUUAUGCUGGUGGACCUAGUCGGGCGUCGGCCGCUGUUGAUCAUCACCUCGCUCGCUACCUUCUGCUGCACAUUGUAUCUGGGCAUCUGCUUCAAGCUGAAGCUGAUAACCGACCAUGAGAACAGCGUCCCGGGGGCAUCCCUGGUUUCCAUGUCCUUGGCCUCGCUCGCCUACACGGCUGGUCUUGGCCCGCUGACUUGGCUGAUCAACGUGGAGCUCUUCGUGAAACCAAUGCGCCCGCUCGGUUGCUCCUUGAGUGCCACCUUAAACUGGCUGACGGCAUUCACUGUGAUCAUGUGGUACGGCUCUGGCCACGAGCACAGGCUGGCCAAGCCGGGAGUCUUCUUCCUGAUGGCCACAGUCUCGCUGCUCGUUUGCAUAUAUGGCAUCAUAUUUUUACCCGAAACCAAGGGUCUGACGCCCCACAAGAUCCAGCAGAGGCUGGGGGGCUUUAUGAACCAGAGGAAUGUGCCAACGAUCGAUUCCAGCAGCGAUGAUUCUGACGAUUAAGUCAUGGUCUCCCAAUAAAUCUUAAAUGUAUUAAUCUCUACGCAAUAUAGUAUGCACAAACGAUUAAGGAAUGAAUAUACUAUAUACGAUAAACGGACAUUUUAUCAUGAUUUAAAAAGCAAAAGCUGUUUCUCAAUAGGAUGUGGAACGAAAUCCUUAAUUUUUUGUUCCAUUCAGCAAUCAGAAUGAUUCCGGAAUGAAAAUUUACUUCAAAAUCGAUUUGGAUAAGACAUUUUCCUAAAUUCUUAGCGUAAUUCAUUGCAUAGGUACCAUUUCUAUGGGAGAUUUACCCGAAAAAAGCUUAAAAAGGGCCAUGACAAUAAACUAAUUGCGAUCGGAA